CAAUACCGAAGAUGACCGUUGGACUGUCCGAGGCUGUCGCGUAAGCUGCCAAUCUAGCGCCCUUCUAAUGCAGUGCUAGAUCUGUCUAUCGUCAGCCGCCACAUUAGUCAUGGGUUCUAGCAAACUAUUGCUGCUUACUCUUGUCUUUCGUAAACCUGAAUACAGAGCAGCAUAAAGCCUGCAGCUCGAGUAGAAAGAUGUAAGAUGUCUCUGCCAUCAUUUUAGUGGGAGAGCUCAUUACUGUCCGUUCGCAUUGACGUGGAUCAGACUGUUUACCAAAGUUGACCGAUAGACUAGCAAUAGCUCCACAAAUAGUUCUUAGACUAUUGUGGCUCCUUAACCUACCUUCUCUUAAAGUUAACUUCACGAUGUCGACUCUUAGGGAUCAACUACCUUGGACGUCGUCCCCGAUCAUCGCGAAUGCCCCGAUGGCGGGCUUUGCUGGCGGCAAACUCGCCUCCACUGUGACGCUCGCUGGCGGUCUCGGUUUAGUUGGUGGCCUCUUCAACAUGGACGAUCUGCGGAAGGAACUACAAGUCGUCUCCGAAGCUCUCGCAUCCGACCCAAUCUUGUUAUCCUCCAAGACGGUCCCCGUUGGCGUGGGCCUGCUGCCCUUCGUCUUGAAGCUUGACGAGGUUCUGCCUGUGAUUGGAGAGUUCAGACCCGCCGUCGUCUGGCUCUUCGCGGCCAAGUCACUGGACGAUUAUACAGCAUGGGCUUCGGCAAUUCGAAAUGUCUCUCCCGACAGCAAGAUUUGGAUACAGGUUGGUAGCGUCUCCGCCGCGCUGCACAUCGCCAGAACGGCGGCGCCAGAUGUAUUCUGUCUCCAAGGCGCCGAUGCAGGGGGACACGGCUUUGAGAAGGGCGCGGGGAUCAUCUCGUUGCUGCCUGAAGCAUCUGAUACCCUCGCCAAGGAGGGGUACUCCCACAUCCCGCUGGUAGCCUCAGGCGGUAUCGUCGAUGGCCGGGGUGUCGCCGCCGCACUCGCGCUCGGCGCUCAGGGCGUGGUGAUGGGAACCCGCUUCCUUGCAUCAAAGGAAGUCGCUGUCCAUCCGAAUUACCAAGCCGCGGUUCUGGAAGCUCAUGAUGGUGGACAGGUGACGACACGCUCGAAGCUGUUCGAUCAGCUGCGCGGUCCCAAUAUCUGGCCCGAGCUGUACGAUGGGCGCAGUCUGGUUGUUCAGAGCCACAAAGACUACGUGAAUGGGGUCAGUCUCGGGGACAUUCAGAAGCUGCAUAAAGAGGCCGUCGGUAAAGAUGACAGAGGUUUUAAGACGGGCUUGCAGGGACGAGCGGCGAUCUGGGCGGGUACAGGUGUCGGCUUAGUGAAGGAGGUCGAAAGUGCGAAGGUUAUCGUGGAAGGUGUGCGAACAGAGGCAAAAGGUAUUCUAGCUAAAGUAGCGCGGUUUUGAAAGGUAGGCUAGCAUGAACUUCGCGGUGAAAGUGAGAGGAGAGAUUCCUCAGCUCAAUUGAUCUCGAUCACAAUACAAACAAAGCGCUCACAGCCCAUGCCCAUUUGAAAUGUAUUGAAAAGGAUGAC